UUUUCCCUCAAUAUUAGAGUGUGGUGGUAUGACAAACAAAAAAGGGGAGCCAAAAGAUUGGGUUUCCUUUAAGGAAUAGUAGGCUGUGAACGACCUCUGUAUGUACGAGCAGGAGGCGGUUACGUUUUGAGUAUCCGUACAAAGGUCACGCAGAUGAGGGAGAGUAGCCAAAAAAGAAAGACGCGAAAAAAGCUAAAAACAUUAUGUAAAAUGUUUACUUUUAACUUUAUUGCUGUCUCCCCUUUUUCCUAUUCACUUUUUUCUUUUUAAUUGUUCCCUUCAAAUCCUGUAAUACUUAACUAAUGGACUAUCAACAACGUGAUGAUGAAUUUUUCAAUAAUAAAGCCUUGAUAACAUCGCAGCAAUAUCAAUAUAGCUCCAGCGACCCUAUGCCAGGUAACAGCUUAUUCCACCAAAUGCAAAGUAGUAGGAGCAAUAGUCAUUUCCCGUUGGUGGCAUCUGCCUCCAACGAGUAUUACGAUCCUGCAACCACGUCCAGUUGGUAUUAUAAUGCUACUACGGAAACUAACUACGACGAUCUAAAUCAAGCCGAACGUGGCAUUGCUGGUUUUGUAUCAAAAUUAUAUCAGUGCUUGGAGGCCCCCGAUAAUGGGCAAAAAUAUGCUCGUUGGUGUAAACAUAAUGGAGUUGAUAUGUUCAUAAUUGAUUGUAUACCAAAAUUUACGGAAAUUGUACUACCACACUUAUUCAAGCAUUGUAAAUUCGCCUCAUUUGUAAGACAACUGAAUAUUUACGGUUUCCAAAGGGAUACGGACGCACGCAAAUCGAAAGGAAAUCGAGAUAAAGAAACUUGCCGCUGGCAUCAUAUUCACUUCCGGCCUGGACGGCGUGAUUUAUUUCACUUGAUACGUAGAAAAUCUCCACGUUAUACAAGGAAGAGAAAGCAAAGUUUACGUUCUGAGAGUGGAGAAGGGGAUGAUGAAGAUCCAGAAACUGUUCUUAACCUAAAUUCAGGAGAUGAUAACGAAUCGUCUGAUACAUCCUUGCCACAACGAGAAGAAGAUAAUUCAGAGCUGAAAUGUGAACAAGAAGAAGAAGAAUUAGAAGGACAAAGCACGGGCAGUUUAGGUCAGUCAUUAAGAGGAGCUUCUCCUGCACCUUCAUCUUGCUCUACUUUCAAUGUUGAUGGGAAAAAUAAGAAUCUACAGCGGGAAAACUGUCGCUCAUUUCAGCAGCAAAAUGAUGCCACAAUUGCAGAUCAUUCUUCAUCUCAGUUGCAGGAACAGCAAAUGUCAAUGCGAACUGCUGUUGCUACUCCAAACCUAAACCUAAUGUGCCACAACAAACCGGCAUUUCCUACUGAAUCAGAGACAAUACUGCAAGGCUCCGCUUACCCUCCUUCUCUACCAUAUCUUACCUCUGCUACGAUGUCCACGGGUUUGUCUACACCAGCUGUACAUGACGGCUAUAAGCGGCUAUCAUUUGAUACAUCCAUUGUUCGACCAAACCACGUAUUGCCACAAGAGUUCUUACCAUGUGCUAAACCUGAAGAAAUGUUAGACAUUGACACGGAAGUUAAUGGUCAGGGUCAACAUGCUCCACAAAUAGUGAUGCAAAAUGAAGAAGAGCAGCUUAAAAUGCAAUUACUACAGUUGAAAAGAGACUAUUUCCAAAUGUACAAUAUCCUAACUGGUGAAGUGAAUAAGUCAUUGCGCAUAAUUAAAGCCCAACGCUCCAGAAUUGAAUUUUUAGAAGGUGUACUGCAUAAUGAGCAACAUCAACGUCAGCAAAUCAAUUUUUCAACAGACGAUAUAUCAACAUCCAUGACAUCGACACCUACGAUAUAUACCCAUCCAACAGAUGCAUUCUUGCCUUUACGUCAGCAAGAGAUGAGUAACAACAGAGGCAUCGUACAUUCUCAUCAAUACCACGAAAAUGAAGUAACGGUAAGCACACUUACACCUACGGCUUCUUUAUACCCCACAGUUACAACCCAUCAUAAUCAUCCAUCUGGCUGUUUAGUAAACGAGCCUUUUACAUUUGACGUACUUGAUAAUCAUGCACAACUUUCAUCUGCAGCCUUUACCGUAAGCCCACAGCAUCAUGAAUGGUUUACUUGACUUUCCAUGGAAUUUAACAAUGAGAAAAGUAUUUAUGCCCACACUUUAAUAUCCUUAUAUGACCUAAAUUAUGUCUUUUAACGUACAUUUCACAAUUCUAUGCUCCAUUUCUCCACCUUGUUUUUUGACUAUUGCAGUCUGAUUUUUGUAUUUGUUCAAGCUAUUGUUUAAUAACAGACGAUGUUAUGAACUAGUCUCCUUUUCUUGGUAUUUUUUUUUCCCUUUAUUGAAUGCAGGCAAGCUCUACUUGAUAUACUCCAAUAAGAGUACUAUUAUUACAGA